AGCACCAAAUAUUUAAGUUACCACCAUGGGACUUAAUGCUGAGGAUAAUUUCAAUCUACUCUCGAUUAUCAUUGAUUUGAAUGAAUUGUAUUGGGGAAACCUAGAAAUUUUAUCGAAAAAUAAUAAGGAUAAUUUUUUAUUAAAUGAUUUUGUUCUUACCAUAAUAUCAUUUUCAAAUGCAUAUUUAAUCAAUAACCCGUUAAAUCAUUUAAAUAUAAUUGCUACUUCCACAUCUAAAACGAAAAUAUUGUUUAAUAGUCUUCAUGGUAUUAAAUUUACCAAUUCAUCUAUAGAACUUACUAAUACUUACACAAACUUUCAAUAUCUUCAUAAACUCAAAGAUAUAACCAUUAGCAAUGUUAAAGAAAUGUUUACAAAUGUGAAAUUAAACUCAACACAUGGUACACUAAUUGCAGCUCCAGUAUUACAAGCCUUAUCAAUCAUGAAUAAAUUUGAGAAGCAAAUAUCUCACAUCGGACAAAAGAGCAUGAAUCGUAUUUUGAUUAUUAAAACAGAAGGAGAUGCUCCUAAUCAAUAUAUAGAUUUAAUGAAUGCCAUAUUUGCAGCACAAAAAAUGAAUGUUAUGAUAGAUGGUUGCAUAUUAGGAAAGGAUUCUGAUAUAAUUCAUCAGGCUACAUUUAUGACAGAUGGAAAAUAUUUUAAACUCCAUAAUUCGGACGAUAAUGUUAAAAAUGUAUUCAAUGCUACCCAAAAUGGAGACAAUGAUAUAAUCUACAAUUAUUCACUCUUAGAAUAUUUAUUUUGGUUAUAUCUGCCUAAUAAUAACGAAUUUCGAUCCAAUUUCAUAUUACCACGCGAGGAAAAUAUAGAUUUCAGAGCCAUUUGCUUUUGCCAUAAAGACAAUCGAAAGCAUCUCGACAUAGGGUUCGUAUGUUCAUCGUGUCUCGCGGUAUUUUGCAGUUUUACCCCUAUAUGCACAAUGUGCAAUGUGCAUUUUAAAAUUCCAAAGUAAGUUUUUAUUUAUCAAAAUUUGAAAUAAUUACCUCUUGAUCAAAUUUGAAGUAGUUGCCUCAUGAUAAUAAUUUGAUUUAAAUUUGGAUGCCUUAAUGCUCAAAAAUCGUCAAAACUAAAUUAAUCAACUGCGAUAGUCGAGAUAAAAUUUAUUAAUAAUCCUGAUCAAUUAUAUUUAAAUUACUCUCACAUAUUUUUUAAUUAUUAUGUUUAUGUAUUUGUAUUACUUCGUUUAUAUAAAAUCCUAUAA